AUGCAUGAUCUAAUCAGUCAUAGUAAUAGUGGAGCUGCUGGUAGUGUCGAUCAAUCAACAUCUACAUCGUCAUCAUCAUCGUCAACAACAAUGAUAGCAGCAGCAGCAGUUGUACCAACAAUAUCUGUAGUACCUACAUCAGAUGACAACAUUAACAACAUCAACAAUAGUGGUGGUAGUAAUACAACCAAUACAACUAAUUCAACAACGACAACAACUACUACAUUACAUACUGCCAAGUACAAUGGACCUUAUAGUUACAAGACAGUUACAUUACCACCACAUCAACAGGUGAUCGUUCACAAUCAACCAUUCUCACUAGUCCAUACCAAUCCUCCAAUCGAAGCACUUUCCUCCUCGCCCACCUCAUCCUCCGCCACCACACCAAUGAUCAGUGUACUCUCGCCACAACUACAACAACAGAUGUUACUUCAAAAGAAGAGAAUAUCACAAAGGAACAACUCUGGACCACCAGAGAUACCACCUGAAGAGAUCAACUUUGAUCCAAAGACUGAUUUGUUGGGCGGUGGUGCAUAUGGCAAGGUGUACAAGGCGACGUGUCGUGGAAAGCCCGUGGCGGUCAAGGUCCCCAAGAAGCAAACACUCAGCGAGUCUGAACUAAAGGCCUUUCAGAAUGAGGUGGCCAUCUGGAAACAGAUCUUCCAUCCCAACGUUGUAAUGUGCAUGGGUGCCUGUACCAAACCAGGCAAGAUCAUGAUUGUCUCUGAACUCAUGAGAUCAGACCUCGAGAAGUUGAUCCACAGGAGUCCAGAGCCACCACCCCUCUAUCAACGUAUGAAGAUGGCACUUGAUGCUGCACUUGGAAUGAACUGGCUACAUGGUAUUAAUAAUAUCUUGCAUAGAGAUUUGAAGUUGGCCAACCUUAUGAUUGGCAAGGACAACACUGUAAAGAUAACAGACUUUGGAUUCUCACAAGCAUUAAAGUCUGGUACGACUACGACGGAUCAGAGAGGACCAAAGGGAACUGCAUUGUACAUGGCACCAGAGGUGAUGCAAAAGAAGGAGUUCAACGAGAAGGCUGAUGUAUAUAGUUUUGGUCUCAUCCUCUAUGAGUUGGCAACAUGUGAGGAACUAUUCCCAGACUAUUCAGAGAUGGAGGAGUUCUCAAAUGCCAUUUGUAAUUUAAGACUUAGACCAACAGUACCAAAUCAUUUACCAAAGUCUUUGGCAAUGUUGAUGCAAAGAUGUUGGGAUCAUGAUUCAACGAUGCGUCCAUCAUUCUCUGAAGUGUCACAAAAGAUGAAUGAGGUGUUGAUUGACAUUGCCAUCAGUGAACCAAGUGCUGCCACAUUUUGGAAGACAUCAUUCAACUCACCAGACGAUGUCAAAUGGUCAGACUUUAGUAGAAAGUUAUCCGAAUCUACUGGUGUAGAUAUUAAUGAUAUACAACCAAUAUCAAAGUUACUCAUCUCUACAAAGAUGGAUGAUGAUGAUGAGAAUGGAUUUGUAAAUAUUGAUAGGUUCGAUUUGAUGACCAAAUGGUUUGGUCGAUUCUAUGGACAACCACGUGGAGCCACGACGACAUCAUCAGAAUCAGUGGUGGUACUCAAGGAGAUGGCAACAUUGGUGAGCAGGAGAUGGUUCCACUUUGACAUUGCUCGUGAUGUGUCAGAGAGACGUCUACGCAGUAGACCAGAGAACACAUUCCUCAUUCGACUCAGUCUGAACGAUCCGAUCAAGUCACCAUUCACCAUCUCCAAGAUCAAGAGCACAAAACCAAUGCACAAGCGAGUGAAUCGUGAGGAUGUCCCCGUCUCUAGCGACUACCCCAUGGGAAUCAAGUUGAUGGUACCAGUCGAGAACACAGAGAUGUGUUUCAACAGUGUGAUUGCAAUGGUGGACAAGCUCAAAUCAAUUGGUAACCUUGGUCCAGAAUGUCCACAUACAGAGAUCAAGGUACCUUAUGUCAAUGAUUAA